CACAGGGUGGUACAAGAAGAUGGAAGAACGAAUCUGGACUCCCUGGUUCAUUAAAUUUAUCCAUUCUCGUGGUUAUUUUAAUAUCUACACAAAUUUUCAACAUGAGAGAGCAUUUAGUGUCUCUCACGGGGAUGCUGGUGUUACCUACGGUAAAACAGCAAGGCCUGACUCUCAGCUAUUAGAUGAAAAUUCACUUGAUUCCAAUUUUCUCAAGAUGCAACCAUUGAGUAAAAUGAAGUGGUAUGAUUUCUGUUUCAGAGAAGUGCUAGCUGGUAGAGUUGUGAGGAACCUGGAUGAUCUUGGAGCUGUUCUUCAAUCUGUACAGAGAAAGCAAAUUUUUCGGCUUGUGGGCCUAUUUGGAGCAUCAGAGAUGUUUACAAGAAACCUGCUCUGCCACUUUGAGAGGCUAAAUAUUAGGAAUUACAUUUUUAUGGCAUCUAAUUCUGAAUUCCUAUUUGAUCUGGCUAGUAGGGGGUAUCCUGUAAUUGAUGCAGACCAAUUUCUCAACACUAUUGGAGUGUACAAAUCAGUUGGAGUUCAAGACUCAGAUGCAAGGCUAAUCAAGAAUGUUUUGGUGAAAGCUUACACCAUAAAAAAGAUCUUAGAUUACGGUUACAAUACAUGGGUGGUGGAUGGAAACAUGGUUCUUCUCAGGGAGGGCUUGGAAAUUUUCUGUGUCAAUAGUUCGCCUUAUGCUCACAAAAUUUGGAAUGAUGAUUUUGUCAAGAAUGUUCCAGCUCUGGUGAAUAAGAUCCUGCUGCCAAAAGAGAGCAAAAGUUUUGCAUGCAUAAUGACAACCCUACUGAAAGAGAAGGGUUUUAGAGUGAAGAGUCUUAACGAGAGAAGAUUUGGCAUGAGAAUUGGCGACCUGGAUUUCAAUCAAUCCUCCUCAGAAGUUAGUAAGACUAAGAACAGGGUGGUUUAUUGGUCCAAAGACUUGGGUAUAGAUGUGAUUCAGAUGCAGCUUCAAGAGUUAAGUCUAUGGAUCAUAGAUGAGGAUUCCUCUUGUGCCGCUUUAGUUUGUCACAGUUCAUAGUCAUUACCAAUUUGAAGACAUCUCAGGUUAGGAGAAAUCAACUUUGAUUGUUGCUUCUUGGCUCAACUAGCGGCAGAGGGGGAACUGGGGGAGUGAGAGCAGUGGUGGAGGGAAGUGGGGGCGAGCGGGGCGCUCCCUUUUAAAUUUGAAAAUUUUGUAAAUUAGUAUAUGAAAAAUUAUCGUAUUCCCUAAACUUUGAAAAUUUGUAAAUUAAUAUAUGUAAAAUUUUCUUUUCCUCCCUUCUUAAAGUUUGAAAAUUUUUCAAUAAAAAUACUUAGUUAUG